GGCUGUUUGUUGGAAUAAGAGCGAGUGAACUCUGCAACGGCUCCCACUGCUUCCUCAGUGCAACUCAAAGGCAGGAACAAUGUUUUGGAUUCUGCUGGUUCUGGGACUCGUCGUCCUCGCUUACGUUUUCCGUCAGGUUGUGGUGAUAGGAAAGAGCUGCAAGAGCAACGCAAAGCUGCAUGGGAAAACCGUGAUAGUCACCGGCAGCAACACCGGCAUAGGGAAGACCACGGCCAUAGAGCUAGCGAGAAGAGGAGCCAGAGUGAUCCUGGCCUGUCGCAGCAAGCAGAGAGGAGAAGCUGCUCUGCAGGAUGUCAAGAGGGAGAGCGGCAGUAAUCAGGUGGUGUUCAUGCAGCUGGACCUGGGUAGUCUGAAGUCGGUCCGCAGCUUUGCAGAGAACUUCCUGAAGACAGAACCCAGACUGGACAUCCUGAUCAACAACGCAGGUCUCUACAUGAUGGGCCGAACGGAGGACGGGUUCGGGAUGAUGUUUGGCGUCAACCAUCUCGGUCACUUCCUGUUAACCAGCUUGCUGCUGGACCGGCUGAAGGAGUGUGGACCCAGCAGGGUGGUGAAUGUGUCGUCGACGGCACACAACUGGGGAAGAGUCGACUUUGAUUGUCUGAACACGCACAGAGAUCUGAGAGUAGGAACGUCACAGAUAGACGGCUUUGGAAUUUACGGCGACAGUAAGCUGUGCAACGUUCUCUUCACCCAUGAACUCGCCAAGAGACUGAAGGGAACCAAGGUCACGUGUUACUCCCUCCAUCCAGGGGGCAUCAAGACUGAGCUGGCCAGGAACGCGGAGACGUCCGUUCAGAUGAUUCUGUCCUUCUUUGGAAGGUUCUUCUUCAAGACCGCGCUCCAGGGAAGCCAGACCACUCUGCACUGCGCCCUGCAGGAGGGCAUCGAACACCUCAGCGGGCGCUACUUCUCCAACUGCACCGCAAGAAACGUCUUCGCCAAGGCCAGAGACGAUGCCGCCUCAAAGAAGCUGUGGGAGAUCAGCGAGAGGUUCUGUGGCAUCUAAAGAGCGUUUAAUCCCUUUUAACUCAUGUUGUUUGAAUAAAAUCUAUUAUUUCUUAAAGAGUAUGAAUAUUAUCGACACCUGCUCCUUGUAAAAUAUCAAGAAUUGUAAGUUUAACUUACAAUUCUUGAGGCCUAUCACUGGCAAAUCGCAGAAUUCACUGUUUUGUACAUAGGAGAUCAUUUCCUUUUCUGGGUUUGGCUGCUUUUAUUGUUCAUCUAUUGCUUUUACUGAUGCUAAAAAAAUUAAAUAAAUAAACAUACAAUAAUAGCUUUAUAAAAGUUGUACUGUAAAGAAUUAAAGAGUCUCUGUUCAUGAAAUAAUUGUUCAAAUUAUGUCUGACCCUCUGAGUGUUUUGGAUUUAGAGGAAAAACGAUGUACAUUUCUAGAUUGCUAUUCAUGCCAAAUUUAGUCCAGCAGAAUUCAUGGUGAACUCUUUCAUAGCCGUUCCUGCCAGCAUGAAGUCGCAAUCAUUUAACAGUAAGCAACAUCUUGGUGAAAACGAAUCAGACAUGUCAAACAGUUUACUUCUUCUCUGACCUUAUUGGAAAUAUAUUGCAAUUAAAAGUGAAUUUCAUGCAUCUCUGAAAUCAUU